CGCUCCAGACUGUCGAACUGUACGUACUGCGUUGGUUAGUUUGUGGUUUUGGUUAAAUUGUGGUUGAUUCUGCUAAAAAGUUUGGAAAAUAUAACUGAAACUUGGUUUUUAGUAUUACAUAACGUCUUACGUAGUUAACUUGUGUACAAAGAAGUCGACAACAAAUGGAGGUGGCCAAACCAGAAGUUAACGGUACUCCGUUGCCUCAGCGGCAGCCUAAUAACCCUGGUCAGCAGCAGCAGGGUGGUGGACCUGGUAAUCAAAAUCAAGGUGGUAAUCAGAACCAAGGCGGUAACCAGAAUCAAGGUGGUAACCAGAAUCAAGGAGGCAACAAAGGACAAAAUCAGAAUCAGAACCAAAAUCGCGGCGGAAAUCAGAACAAAAACCGUGGUGGAAAUCAAAACCGGUUCAACAAUCGAAACCAACAGGGCGGCGGUGGUAAUCGACAGAAUAAUCCGGACGGUGGCAAUGACGGUAACAACUUACAGCAGCAGCAGCAGCAACAGCAACAUGGUCGUCAAGGUGGUGGACCAGGAAACCGUGGCGGUAACCGGAAUCGCAACAAUCAGGGCAACGAUAAUGAUCAAAGCUUUGAUAGGCGCCGUAGUGGCCCCGGAGAGCAAUAUUUCAUCAAUGAGAAGCUGCGCAUGCUGCAAGGGCCGCUACUGGACAUUCCACCGAUUGAAAGUGAGCAACUGAAGUUUUCCGGUCGGAACCGACUGUACAUUGGCAACCUGACAAAUGAUGUAACCGAGGAGGAGCUAACAGAACUGUUCAAGCCGUACGGCGACAUCAGCGAAGUAUUCAUGAACAAAGAGAAGAACUACGCUUUUGUGCGUGUAGAUUACUUCUCUAACGCGGAGAAAGCUAAACGAGAAUUAGAUGGAACCUCGCGCAAGAAUCGUAUUCUGAGAGUACGCUUCGCUCCCAACGCGACUGCACUCCGCGUAAGAAACUUGACACCGUUCGUGAGCAAUGAGUUGUUGUACAAAGCUUUUGAAGUAUUCGGACCACUGGAGCGAGCUUCCGUCCAGAUCGACGAACGUGGUAAAUCUACUGGUGAAGGCAUUGUUGAGUUUAAAAACAAACCAGGUGCCAUGUCCGCCUUGCGUUAUUGCACUGAGAAAUGCUACUUUAUCACAUCUUCUUUGCGCCCAUGUAUUGUUGAACCCUAUACUUAUCAGGAUGAUACCGAUGGUCUACCGGAGAAAUCUUUGAACAAAAAGAUUCCUGAUUUCCUUAAAUCUCGUCAGGUUGGACCACGAUUUGCUGAGAUUGGCUCUUUCGAACACGAAUAUGGGCAACGUUGGAAGCACAUGCAUGAACUGUACAAACAGAAGGCCGAGUCGCUGAAGAGGGAGAUGAUCAUGGAAGAGGAAAAACUUGAAGCCCAGAUGGAGUUCGCUCGUUACGAACAUGAGACCGAGCAGCUGCGAGAACAACUUCGCAUGCGUGAGCAGGACCGCGACCGUCAGAAGGCCGAAUGGGAGAUGAAGGAACGUCAGGCGGUGGAAGCCAAGACCCGCAACGAAUUGCAGAUGAAACAUGAUGUAGAAGAAAUGCAAAAUCGUAUCAAACGGACAGAUGACGAAUUACACCGGCGUCAGCAAGAAAACAAUAUGUUUAUGCAGAAUCAGCAAAUGGGCGGUGGUGGUGGCGGCGGAGGUAUGAUGGAUAAUGCUGAUGAUAGUCGCCGACCAUUUGAUCUCAUGAACAAUAGCGGAGGUGGUAACAAUGGUGGUCAACCUGGUAACAACUUUGGCGGAAUGGAGAUUCGCGACUAUGAGCAUGGUCAGAAUAGACAAUCGCGCUUUAACACCGAAGAUGGCGGCCAGCAACAACAGAACCAACAGGGCGGCGGUGCAGGCGGCCCACCGCGCCAAGGUAAUGCUUUCGGAGGAAAUAACAAUCGCAACUGGAUGAACAAUGAGCGUCGUAAUAAUGAUGACUUUCAGAGCAAAAGAAGACGGUUCUAAAUCGAAAAACGCACGCUCUGUAACAUGAAUUUGACAUUCACUUCAUAAUUAUAAACAAUAUUUUCAACGCUUCUGAUGAUUGGAUCUGCAAUUAGGACUACAAUGUGUCUGUUGAUUUUACAAUACAGUAGAACCGCAAGUGCAUAUUGCAUUCGUUCUAACGAGUGCUCACAGCUCGAAGUCACUUCAUCUGCGCAUAAAGCUAGGCGAAAGAGUCUACAAAGGAUAACCGAUAGUUCUUGAUCUAGUUGGGAUAGUAUAUCCCAGCGUACGUAUUUUGCAGUACUAUUUAAUGGCAACAAAACAUGAUUUUUUAUUCCUAGAUUGAGAUUUACAUAUAAGAUUGAAAUUUAAGAAAUCACUGUGUAAUAAUAAUAAUAUAAAUGAUAUUCAUUAGCAACAAUAACGCAGGGUGCGUACCGGUUUUAUUCUUCGACAUCUGUCACAAUUCGGGAUGGGUUUGUUUAUGCUUCGUGUACGUACCAAAAAGUGUGGGUACAGAUAUCGGUAUUAGAUAAGAGCAUACAGUUUGUUCCACUGGAAACAGCGUGUGGGAAUUUCGAAAGUAAUGGAAACAUGUACUUCAAUUAUUCUGCAUAGUUCAAAACAUGGAAAACAUCUAGUGAAAAUAAUUAGUAAACGGUGCAGUCACCACGGAAAUGACUUAGUCACCAAAUCUUCCCGAGUUUCCCUAGUUACUUAACAUUGUGGAAUUGGCUCUCCAUGCAACUAAAUCCUCGCUCUGGAAAGUCCCCUAAACUAUUCACUUUCCCCGAACGUUCGCCGUAGUGCUCAACGGAAUUGGUAUUGUUUCCCAACCAGGCACGUUUCAUUCGAAACCACACUCCCAAAAGUUGCUUCGUUUACGACUAAUCGCGAAAAGUUUUGCCAAGCUAAGGCAUUUUUCAAACCCUCUUCGACGUUUUUUUAAGAUUUAGCACUUUGCAUACGCGGAGUUCGUGCAACACUGAGCUAAAGAAGCAACAAUUAUAUGAUCUUACAAAGGAAAGGAAAUGCGAUAUUUUAAAUUUCAUUAUCAAAAAUCCCGCUUGCUUUUCUUGUGGAACAGACCCUAAUAUGAUCGUGUUUAGUUGAACAGCAAAUUGUUUAUCGGAAAAAUCGGAAUGCAAUGGUAUCGAGUUGAAAAUAAUUCAACAUCACGAGUGUCCAUGAUUUCCAUAUUCCAGUAUAAGCGUACACCGAUCAUUUCUAUUGUUAUGCUCUAUUCUUAAGAUUAUUUUAAAUGUUCUUUUAAUGUAACCGGUGUAUGAAAGUUCCAAUUCUUUCGUUAAUGAAAUGAAAAAAAAAUAUUUUCUUUAAAAUCGUUUUUUUGUAACAGUAGUUUAGCAGUUCAGAACAAAGGAAAAAGUUUUUGAAAUCUAUUCAUGAUUCAAUAUAUACUUGUUAGAUAAUAACAUUAUACUUGAAACUAUUUUCGGACUAUUUCGAACAUAUUCGAAGUAAAAUGGAAACAAUGGAAUCUCAAUGAUCUCAACAAUUUUCAAACUUCAUUUUCGCCCACCGUUCGUUUGGGUAUUCGUUUGCAGUUGACCUUCAUUAAUGUUUGGGACUCAUUAUAUCGAAGGAUCGCUAUAGAAAUGGACCCCUAAAUUACUAAUUGUGGGUGGUAGGUUUAUCGAAAAAAAAAAAAUUUAUUCGAAAAGAAUGUCCUAGAUCAUCAUUGUAUGGGCAAUUUUAGAAGCACGCUGGCCUUCAGGUGCACCGUCUCGCAACUUAUAGAUUAUGGCUUCUCCCGUAGCCUGUGCAGCAAAAAGAUGUUGUGAACAACAAAAAUGUACGUCUAGUACCAACCAACUACGAUUUAUAUGGUCAGUAUGGGAGUCAGUCAUGUUAGCAGGAUCUAAAUUAUUUUGUAGUCUAACAAAACCAGUUCUCUGAUAAAACUAAUUGAAAUGUUACUAGAUAUGACCGGUGUCUGCUAGAGACAUUAUUUGCUAAUCAAUGAAUGAAUGCGAUGAAUUUCUCUGACAGUUGAUAUUUUAAAAUAGCUGAAAUGUUGUCCUUCUAUAUCAACAGUUUUAAAUUGAUUAAAAAAAGAAAUUUACAACAUUAUAUACUAAAAUAAGUGAUUUUGAAGUAUUCAUUCAUUCAUCUACCAGGAAAAGUGUCUAGUAAGGUUUUCUUUUAGCAGUAUGAACUAUAAUACGACUUGCACUGUUUCUUGCAUCUUUCGCAUUAAUCUUAUUAAUUAUAUACACACACUUAACUAUUGAGAAAAAUGCAGAAGUUUACGAGAAGUUGGAAUAAACAUAUAUAAUUCGUGGUAUGGGCUACGUUUACUUCCUGAAUAAUGUCAUAAUAAGAAAUAAAGAAGUGAUGAAAAAUCAAAUAGUUCUUGAUGCUUGUAGCUCAUAGAAAAAUACUGUCCAGAAUUGUUCAGUCAUUUUGUGAUUUACGAUUAUAGGCAGUAUAUUUCUGAUAUAUCGCACGCAAGCCAUUACACAUUCGAAAUCCAGUUGUUUAUGUCUCAAAAUAUCAUACAAAUAUACUGACUUAGAAACAUUUCGUUCAAAUCAACAAACUACCGAAUUUUGAAAUGCAAGGAAAACUGCAUAACUUUCGAUGAAUGCUGACAAGUACCAGUUUACUGUUUAUUCGAACGUUAGCAAUUUUGAAAUUUCUGUUGUAACAACUUUUAUUAUUUGAAAAGAGAUUGCGUUGCUUAAUUAUAUAAACUUUUGCAAAGAAAAUCAUUUCCCAUAAUUACUCAGUGUUAGACUGCGGUAUUAUUACAUUGAAUAACAGCAGCAAAUGUAUGAUUUUGCUAGUCAAAUAUUAUAUUUGUAGUUAAUAGUAAUACUAAUUUUAUUUAAAGGUAUUUUAACAUUUUCAAUGUUCAAUUUAUUAGUAUGCAGAAGUUCUCGAAACACCGGUAGAUUUGAAGUUGAACAGUAAUCCUGUAACAGAAAAAAAAUUGCUCUGAUGUCUCCGAUGAAACUUUUUUUUUCUCGGAGCACUUGAAACAUGUUCCUCGUUGAUCACUGUUUUUUCAGUUUUGAGCUUUUGGUGUUUGUAUUAGCUACCAGAAGAGAGAGUAAACAUAGAUCUGCUCUCACUCGCUGAUACUAUUGAGGUAUGAACAGAUAGUGCAAACUGAGUUUGCUUGGCCUACUAAAAAAAAAUCCAUCUCACGAAUACAAAAGUGUUACGUUUGCCUUACCUGUUUCUACCUCAUAGUGCUGAAACGGAUCUUUGGAAAAAUUCAUUGAGAUCGGUAUAAAUGUUAAUGUUGAGUAGAGAAACGGAGUUAGCUAAUUUUUUUCCAUUGUAAAUUUUUGUGCAUACCGUGAUGCUUCACAUCGUGGCCAAUGACAAUAGCACAACCUCAAUGUUUUUCUAUAGUUGUGAGAAUUUCUUUCAACAAUGGUUGAUUGAAUCAGUAUUCAUCUGUAGAGAAAACAACAAAUUCUCUACCAUAUAUUUGUUAGUAUGACUGAAAUCAGCUCGCUCUGGAGCAAAUGAUGUUUCUCUACUAUGUUUCAAAAUAUAUAAUUUUGUAAUGAAAUGUUAAGUAAUUCCGUUUGCACAUAUCAGCUCUUCAAAGUUAACGGAAACUGCUGCCUGUUAUAGCUCUAUGAAGAGAGUGAUCCCCUAGAAAUUGUCAACUUCGAACGAAACAAUUGCCAGUUGAAAACCAAUCGUACUCUGAUGCGCAUAAGAAAGUGGGGCGGCCAAGUUUUAUGCGACAUUUGUCUCUGAUCUAAUUCGUUUGCGUGAUAUCAAGAAAUGAAGGUACCUGUAUUACACUAAAGUCCUUAGUUCUGUGUUUAUAUUGUUUGUUUUCGCACGAUUUUAAAGAAUUACAUUAGCUGAAACUGAAUUUGAUUCUUAUUCUCAAACAUAUAGGCACAGAAUUCAAGGUCCAACUAUUUUUGUGUUCCAUAUAAAACUUUUGUACUAAUAAAAUAGUUUAUUUUUCAGGUUGUUUUUUACUACAUCAUUGAACUGAACGGCAGUUUAAAAUAUUUGGAUAAAAUUCCUGUGUUCGUGAGAAUCGUUCGAAUGUUUGAUGUUAGUUUGUGUGUGGUGUGCUGUAUUUUUGUGUGAUGCGUGACAGAUUUUAAAUCAUAUCUCUUGUGGAACGUAGCUCAACGAAAAAAAAAACAUGAACUCUAAAGUCUUUUCAUGUUUGAGGGAAACUACUCCCGCUGUUUUUAUAAUUUCGGCUGGGUAUAGAAAUUAUAUUUCGGGGUAUCUCUUCAAGCUGGUUUCUGAAUGGAAUAAGUUGGCCUGUAUAAGAGUAAAGUUUUAAACAUUGAACAUUUGUUCAAGGAGAGGGUAUCUUAUCAUAAGGUAUCGUACAUCACGAUAGACACAUUAAUGGGAGAAUCUACUCGGACAUUUGCUUCCUAAAGCGAUUCCUGGAAGAAUGAUCGCACCCAUGCCCUUUAUUAUCUUAGUUUCACCAAUAGGCUCGUGUAUUGAAACUUUAGGUGUGAAUCGAUCUAUACUUAUUUAAUUUAUCUGACAAUUGUUAUCUAGAGCCGAAAUGGAAAUAUAUCGAAAAACAAAAUCUUGACAUUACAUUCCUUCUGGUUCAACACACUUCGUAGCGGUUCUUCACGUAAUAAAGAAGCAUUGUUCAAAUACGUUUUGAUUUUCAAACUGUUUCAAACAGAGAACGACUUGGCAUUCAGAUUGAGAGAUACAUUUUGCUUUUUAAAAUGAUUGUUUAAUAGGAAGAAUAAAAUCUGCUUAUCUCCUAAAAUUAUACAACUUGUUGAAAAGAACAGACACCUGUGAUUAUUGAUGAACAACAUUGAGAAUAUAUGAAACAUUGUGUUUUCAUAUAAAUAAUAUAGAAUCGUUUAUCGGUAAAAAUAGUUAAAUUUCUACGAAAUAUUAGGGAAUUUGAAAGACAUGAAUUUUACUCGAAUUAGGAAAUUUACUUUGGAAUGAUUGUAAAGUCAAGUGUGACAAAAAACUUUAAGGUGUUAAAAAUAAUAAAUUCCGAAAGAUAUUUUCACUAAUAGAAAUAUUUUGAAUUAUUUUUCAAAAAUACUUUUAUGUUUACCCCCAUACAUUCAAUCUUAAGUAGAGAUCUAAUCGAACGAUAAUGUAAAACUAGAACAUUAACGAAAGAAAUAGUUGAAAAAGAAUCAUGUUCAUUUAGCAAAUAUCAUUUCGCAGAACGCAUUUUGAAGAAUCACAUCCCAAGUACCAGGUUAAGUUGCUGUUCCGUCCUGUAAUUUGUACUGGUCGUAUAAAUUAUCAAAAAGGUUUAUAUUACUAUUCUGGUAACUGUUGUGUUAUUGAAAAAGCGCACUUUUUCUGUGCAACAUAUAUUUAAGUUCUACCGUUGUUACGAAUAACAACUGUGCAACUAUGCAACUCGGAAUGUUCGACAAUUAUUUGCUAGAGAGAAAUUGAAUAUGCAACUGUACGUACGUCUAAAAUAAUGCUCAAAAACGAAGUUACAUUCAAUCUUUAUUGUGAAAAAACGGACGACGCCCAAUUCAACCUAUUUCCAGAACGAGGGUUUAAGUAGAAAAACAGUCACCUCGAAUUGGAUUAUUUCGAUCGAAUAUAAAAUUUUGCAUUCGGUAUCUCGAUCGAGCCCGAAUUUUUUAUGCAAAAGAUUCGAUCGAAGCUCAAAAUUGGGGUGAGUAUUUUUAUUGCAAAUUUGUUCUGGUAUUAUCUCCAGCAACUACUUACUUCGGCAUGUUUAAUGUGUCUAAAACUCAACUGGAUAUAACUCAUCCAAGGUGCGAUUCAAGUUUUUUUUUUGAUAGCCACAGUUUUGUCAGUUUUGUUAGCCCGGGUUUUCGGUUCAAUGCAUAGGGCGCUGGUCUUACGAGCCAAGCCAGUUGUCGUAUGUUCGAUCCACGACCUGGAAAGAUUCUUAGUGUCAGUAGGAUCGUAGUAGUAGCCAUGCAAUGAUUCUGUACGCUAUUAUGAAUCGGCUGUGAAGUAUGUUGAAACAGAAGGUCAAAUUUCUAAAGGAAUGUAAUACCAUGUAAUUGUAAUUGCUUAUAAUUUCGUCAACGCUGGCAUCAAGAAUCGUCCACAAAUCUUCGAUCCGGUCAUUGUGUGGGGGAGGCAUUUUCUGUGGUUUGUUGCGAGAAGGAGUCCUACGUGUGCUACGAGAUUUCACAGAUUCUAUUUGGCUCUUGAUCUGAAACUGAUCCGGACGUUUUUUUUUUAAAUUUUGUGUUUCAAUCAAUAAUAGUAAUUUCUAAUUUGAAUCAAAGAAACUCGCGCGAUGAGAACAUUUUAAUCGUUUUAUCUGUAUCAUAGAUUUCUAUAAAAAUAGCGCGAUCACGAAUCAUUUCGUUGUACAUUAGACACUAAUCUUGAGAACAGUUUUGACGGCAGAUUAUCUAUUGCUAUGAAAACAAUUUCAAAAAUUGGGAUAUUGAUGUAAGAUGGUUGUUUUAAUACAAGGUAAAUACAUAAUAAAGUGAUAAUUUUUUAUAUGCUUUUAGAUCGCAUGGGUAUGUGGAUGAAAUUCAAUAACGUCUCUUUUGAACCUAGGAACGUGAAAAACGGUCAAAAGCGGAUUCUAAGAAAUCGACUGUAUUUAUCUUAAUUUUGAAUCGGAAGUCAGAUCCAAAUAAAAUUAUAUAGCUAGCAACCUAUGGGAUUGCAGAGCCCUAUUAAUUAAAUCAAGGCAUGUAAAAAGCGAUAAAGUAGUCUAUGCAAAUCUAUAGCAACGAAUUAGGGUUCUCCAGAAAUCGUGCUUUUUAAAUUCCACUUAUUGUUUAAACAAUAUUUCAAAAUUAUACUUUUCAAAUAAAAGUAAAUAUAUUGAAUUUCAUACAUUUUUUAUUUUUUCAAUAUGGAGGCUCUGAAAACAGCUAUUCAAAAUUGUUCGAUGUCGUCAUUUCUUGGUAAACAAUCAUCGGAAAGCAAAAAGCAAAACAGUUUCAUAUUUUGUAACGAAUUGGCUAUGUUCGGAGCUAGAAUGAAAACUUUCAAUCAAGAAAAAAAAACGAAAUGACGGCCAGUUUUAGAUUUUCUACUCUCAAAUAACAAUGAAUAUUUUUGGUUGAUGUUCCGACCGUAGAGAGACAUCUAACGAGUUAAAUGCCGUUUGGUUAUUGUUGAUAUGUGCAAUAGUUUUGGAAUACUAGUGAUACACAGUUGAAAAAACGUGGUUUCGAGAAAAAAAAACCGAACAACGUUUUUAUUCGCGUGCCUGGGCGCGCACCGGUUCUCCCUUUUUUAUACUAACUUUUCGGUCGCUUGUACCCUCUCGCCUAGUUCUAUAUCAUUUCUAAUGUCAUUUUCGCUUGAUGCCAAACCAGUUUCCACCUUAGGUCUGAGGUGAGGACAGAGGGUCGCGUGUUGAGUUUUAAAUCGACCACGUGGCUCGCUCAAUUCCCUUUGCGCAUCGUAUUUCUCUUGUACUCUCUCGUAUAUGAGCAAACUGUACCGGGUUGCCAGCAUACAUUUUAUUAUUUUGAUGAGAAGUUUUAUCACAUUAAUCAAUAUUAUGGGUUGGACAUUACAUCGGUUCCAAUGAACAAUGAAAAAAACUUGUGAAUGUCUGUGUGUUUGGCAGCCUUGUCGACCCAAUUUUGUUCCUCUCUCCUUUUUUAGAAUGCUAUCAGGAAACCAAAGCGAAAAAAAUGGCGGAUGCAUUGAAACUGACUUUGUUUCACAGAAAAAUACAAGACUUUAUUUUUAUCGCGAUUAACAUAUAUGUUUUUAUGUACUAAUCGCAUCUAAACUAAAUUAUCUAGACUUUGUCACGGUAGAUUUAUGAUACAAGCCUUCAAAGCCGAGAUAUUCGAUGAAGAAGUAGAGGUAUGCAUUUCCGAGUGUUUCAUUUUUCUGCAGUUCUUCAGUCAGAAAGAAAUACAACACGACCGCUAAACUCAAUGAAUCAUUCUGAAAAUUUCACAGAAUAUUCUCAAUUAAAUUUCGAAAAAAAUGUCAGGUGGGUUUUUCUACAUUCUGCACCGUUUCCAAGAAAAUUUAAUUUGAAACGGGAAAAUAGCAAAAAACCUACCACUUUACUGUCAUCAGCCCUUAACUGCUUUCAAACCGUUUGUUUGAAGCUCGUUUCGAACCUAGUUUCAACGUUGUUGAACUGAAAAUCGAGUCAGUUUCGAACCUGGUUUUCAUAUCAGGCUUGCUCAAACCCCCGUUUCUAAGUGCGAAAUCAACAGUUUCGUGAAAAGUGUUUUUUUAAUGAUACUACCAUGGGUCAGUUUCAGUUUUCUCAAACGAAAAAGACAUAAGAGUAUUUUCUAGCAAUUUGAGGAUUUUUUUAGAGAUUUUUUUUCUAAAUGGUUUGGAGGAAUCUGGCCUUAAACCAAGAGAUGUAAUUUCUGUGAAAGGUUGCUUUUCCGCAAAAACCCAUGGUGAGUCACCAGCAAGUUUUUCUUCGAGGAAUCAAAUAAAUGAAGAGUUCUUGAUUGUUGGAGAAGAAAUAGUAAUUGAAAAUUGAAAUCCCAUAUUAUCUACAAAACAAAAAUUCUGUGAAACACAUUAAUAAAAUGAAUGAAACAUAGAACUGUUUCAAAACGAAUUCAUAUUAUAUAUUAUAACAUCAGUAUAAUAUUUCCCAUAUAACAAAAAAAUUCUCAAAACGGAAAGUAUUUUUUACGCGUUUGUAUUAUGAUGAAAAAAAAACACGCAAAACUGUUAGUUUUUCGAAUAAGCGGCUAAUAUUUUGAGUUUUUUGUAUUAUUGGGAAUAAGGUUCGGUUACUCAGCAAACGGCCAUGAUUUUGUGGUUAGCAUAUGUUUCUCGAAACAUCAAAACUUGGAAGAGGGAGUGAGGUGACCAACACAGAAGCUCUUCCAGGAAAUAGAUUGAUGUUUGUCAUUUAAGUGAGAUUACAUAUUUUUUUUUAAUUUUCUACGUCUAAUCGUCGCACUUGUUUUGUUCAGUACGUUUUGAGGGCUCUGAUGUGUUCAGUCGUCCUCAAGAUUGAUGGUGAUACUUUUGACUCCAGACCGAUAAAGUCGCUCCGUGUGUGUGUGUGUGUAAAGUGUGUUAUGAGUGAAAGUUGGGAAUGAAGUCAUAAGCUCAUAGGCUCUUUCUGUUGGGGAAAUUAUAAAUGCUAAAAUCAGUGUUUCGAUCAAAUACGCUAAUGAUACUAAUUAUUGCUUCAUUUGAAAUCCAGUGAGACGACGAACCACGGAAACCAGUUCGUUUGUGCUGGAAUGAAUCUGAAGUGAUAGGAUUCAACACAACACUUUAGUCAAAUAUCUUCAUAGAAUUCGUGUCCACUUGUUUGAGUUGAACUUGGAUUGAACGGUUGAAGUUGUUUACCAUCUAGAGAGUUAGGUCACUUCAACAUUUUUAGUUGGUGAUGUUUUCGGUAACCAAUCGGGAAGUCAGUUCGUGUUGUGUUUCAGCCUAUCGAAAUAAAUCGAAAUACGCGAUGCGUGGAAAAGGCGGAAAUUGGCCUGAAUCUAUCUUUCGUCAGUGAAAUGGAACUACAGUAUAUUGUACUGCACUAAAAAGGAUUAUAUUUGAAACGGAUCCGCACGUACGUGUGUGAAUAGCUGAUGUUCUAGUAACCACUUUGCUGAAUCUCGUAAACUGUCAACAAGAAAAUAGGUAAAUGUUUUACUAGCUUUUACUCUACUUACCACUUUUAAUACAGGUUUCAUGUUGCGCCGAUAUGGCCUCGUUAUCGAAUAUUAAUCAACGUGUAUAUUUGUGUAAAACGGUGUAUUGUGUAUGGACAUUCAGAAUUGCUACUAUUCUUUAUCAAACGUAUGUCUCAAAUGAGAUUCUAUAAAAGAAGUAUAACUUAGCUAAUUAUUCAGUUCAUAUGGUAUGGAUUCGAAACUAUGGAACUAAAGCUAAGAACAUUUUAAACUAUCAACAAUAUAUAUAUAUAUAUAUAUAUACCAGGGCCAUGCUUGUCUGUCGAAGCAAGUCUCUCAUUUUCGUUUCCGUUUUUCUUCUGUAAACAAUGACCUUAAUCAGUAAUGUAUUGUCAUCAUUUGCUGGCACUCUGAAUUAAUCAUAGUCUUGAGCUAACAAUUAAAUUGCAUCAAAUCACGCAAACUGUUCAGAAUUUUUUUAUUAUAAUUUACAUCUUCAAAGUGACAACAAAUGAUGUUAUGCAAUAUUAUUCAACUACACAUAAACUCAUAUAGAUGAGAAAAACAUACGUAAUUGAAUAAGUUAAAGUUGAUGAAAUACUUCAUUUUUGUGUUAAAACUUAGAAAAAUUUAAAAGCACCAAAAGUGUGCAUUGUUCUCAUCUGAUGAAUCAAAAUAAGAAAAUAGUAUAUAGUGAUUGUCCUUUGUAAUUUAACUUCCUAUAACUAAUAUUAUUAUUUUACUUUCGAUUCUCAUAUCAUAUAUUUCAUCUUUAUUUUUCAAGUCAUAAUUAAAUAUUACUAUUUCUACUACUGCUUCAGUUGAAAACCAAAUAUAAAUAGUUUACUAUAUACUGUUUUCUUAUGACUGAUGUAGCAAUUUAAUCCUCCACUGGUGUAUGACACUUUGGCACUACGUACUCCUUUUCUAACAUUUAUUCACACGAUAGUUCUAUUACUUGUCUGAAUAACAAUAAUAAAGAAAAAAAAAACAAAAAUACAUUAGCAAAAAUCUGUCACGAACAUCAUCGCUCCCGCUCAAUUCAAACCUGGAGCUCACUGUGCCCACUCAGACACGCCUGUAUUAAGUUGUAUUCGGUACCGGAGAAAGAAUUCACAUUUUUUUUGGAAAGCAAUCAAACUUUAUCAACCAUGCUCUGUGCAUUAUAGCAACUUUUUAUCUGACCCCCGCCGUGAUACCUUAGCCUGUCUCUUGAAACCAGAAACAAAAACUUAAAUGCAAAAAAAGAAAAGAAACGAAAGUAAGUUAACUAACUUACAACUUUCUCAUCGAGAAACACUCGUUUAAUGUUUGUUAAUCAGCUAAGGUUAUCCUGUUCUGUUUUGUGACUAAACAAUCCGCUAUAAUGCCAAUCUUUGGACUCAACCAUACUACUUAUAUAUAUUUCAAAGUUCGAAAUGCUAUGUGAAUUCCGGUGUUUUUGUUAUAUUUCGGCGUUAGUCUUGCACAACUUACUGUAAACAGGCAGAUUUGUACAACUAUUCAUUAGUACUCUGCUCUAAACAAGCACUGUCAAACGAAGAUUAUCUAAUUUAGUCAUGUUUUUAAGGAAUUAUUUCUAAUAGAUGUUUGAUUAGUUGCAGGCAAUACAAAGGAAUCUGUUUCCCAGGAGGUCCUCUAGAAAGGUCUUUUGAGAGCGAAUGAACGAUGACUGUAUAUCUACACUAGUACAACUGAUGAUGUCAAAUGUCGCAGGAGUCGAGAAUCGAUAGGCAACCAGGGCAAUGUUGUAUUGGUUUGGAGAACACCACUCAAACGCACUUUUCCAUCAUAUAAUACGAUAUGAAAUCGUAUAAUAUGGGAUUCGAAAGAUUUCCCACAGACCAGCGUGCCACGACUAUGAAACCCUAUGCACUGAAGAACGAUCCAUGGAUACACGACUCGCUCCAACAUCUAAGAAAACGUUGCGCUCCGUAAUGUGACUACAUGUACCUUUGGAUUUCCUGGCUCUCGCAGUGAGCAGCCAUUCGGAUUCGUUGAGGAUGACGAAAAGGACCUUCGGACAAAUGUUACAGCGUUUUGUGAAUGAAAUUUCAACUUUAUUUACGUUAAAAUAAAACAUAAAGUAAAA